AUGGAGGCAGCCAAGGCGCCAACGACACACGAUGCUGAAGAUAUAAAGAACAUCGAAAGCUUUCUUGCCUCACAAGAUGGCUCUCGUAGGGGUGUCUGGCUCUCCUUUCGUGAUUUGAAUGUCAGCGCCCCCGACAGCGGACCCAAGAUGGUCAAGACCCUCCCACGGGCCAUGAUCAACACUUUUGGAUACGACCAAGUCAGCUGGCUGCUAUCUAUGCUUCCUCGGUCCAUACGGCCAGGUGGAUCAGGGCCAUCCAGAAAGAUCUUGAGCAACUGCACUGGCCUAGUGGAACCUGGGGAGCUGCUUCUGGUCCUGGGACGCCCAGGCAGUGGGUGCUCGACCUUCCUCCGCGCGACAUCUAAUCGAUCUACGCUCUCGAUCGCAGGAGAGCUGGCAUUUGCGGGUAUUGAGAGUCAAGAGUUUGAAAAGAAAUAUCGGCGCGAGACGAUUUACUUGCCUGAGGAGGAUAAGCAUAUCCCGACACUGACGGUGCGCCAGACUAUUGAGUUUGCCCUGCGUCUGAAUUUGCCAGAAGAUGCCAGGAGUAAGCAGAAGGUCCACGACACCACAGUGAAUCUUGCAAAGAUAUUCGGGUUGGAGCAUGUCUUGGACACUCUUGUCGCAAACGUGUCUGGAGGCGAAAAGAAACGGGUCUCUAUCACCGAAGUGCUGACAUGUGGCUCAUCGGUUUUGUCUUUCGACAACAGCACCAGAGGGCUCGAUUCUUCGACCGCGCUGGACUUCGUGCGUGCCCUCCGCAUACUCGCUGACGUCGGCCAGAAGACUAUCUUAGCCACGCUCUACCAGGCAGGUGAGGAUAUCUACGACCACUUCGACAAGGUCAUUCUCUUGGACAGCGGCCAUGUCAUUUAUUUCGGCAGCACACGAGGGGCGCGGCAGUAUUUCGAGGAGCUGGGUUUCAUUGCAGCCCCUGGUCAGACCACGUCCGAGUUCUUAACCACCAUCACAGAUCCCUUACAGCGAGAGGCACAAGAGUCCUCUGUGGCUGCCCAAGUGCAGUCUGUAGGUGACCUUGUGAAGAUCUUUCGGGAUUCUGCGAUCUUCAAAACACUGGACGAAAAGAUCUUGAGGUCCUUCUCGUCCGCAGAGAAAAGGCCGCCCGUGGCAAUCGCGUCGUCCAGUCGCUCGUAUCCAUCUCAAAUAUACAACUGUCUCCACCGAGAGUUUUUGCUCAUUAACGGCAAACGAAUGGUACAAUACCAGAAAUGGAUCAACACAGUGGUCCUGUGUUUGAUCAUCGGAAGCGAGUACUUCGAUGUGUCUACUACCUCGCUCGGCGCCUUCACGCGAGAAGGUGUCGUAUUCUACGCCAUUAUUGCCAACGCCUGGAUGCAGUACCCCGAGCUGUUCGACGCGCACAGUAACCGUGCAGUGCUGGAGCGACAAUCCUCGCUGAACAUGUACCGUCCGUCUGCGGUGGCGAUUGCACGCAUCGUGCUGGAUUUGCCGCUCGUCGCCAUUCAACACGCCUUUUUCAUGAUCGCUUUCUAUUUCCUGUCUCAUCACACUGUGUCCUAUACAGCUGGAAGCUUUUUCUUUUUCUAUUUUGUAUUGUUUCUGUCAACUAUCAAUUUCGCUAAUCUCCUCCGCAUGUUUGCCUAUUACGUCCCCAGCAUCGAAGACUGUUUCCGCUUCGGAGGCAUUGCCUCAACCACAACCGUGUACUUCGCUGGCUUCCUCAUACCCAUCAGCGAGAUGUAUCCCCCCCCCCGCUACACUUACGAGGCGUUGCUUACCAACGAAUUCGCCCUUAUUGAAAUUCCCUGUGCAAACAGCUUGAUUCCCGCCAUCUCGGGCGCUAGCAUUGAAAAUCAGGUGUGUCCUAUUCGUGGCGCGAAGGCGGGCCAAUCUUCCAUUUCGGGACUGCAGUAUGUGGAGGCCUAUGGCUUUGACUAUGCGCAUAGAUGGCGAAAUGUUGGAAUCUUGUUCGCAUUCGCGGCAGCCUAUAUGAUUAUCGGGAUUGUCGGUAGUGAAAUCAUGCAUUUCACCCCACAGGGAGGUUCCGCUGUGGUUUUCGCGCACCGGCCAGCGAACGAGAGCGCCGAAAAGACUGCUGAAACUGAUGUCGAAAAAGCCGCCGCAAUUGAUACUGAUAGCUCCAGUGUGUCAAUAGCAGGUCCCAGCCUUGUCUGGAAAGACUUGACUGUCGACAUAGGGGAACGUCGGGUGCUGAAUGGUAUAUCGGGCUUUGUACGACCAGGAGAUCUCAUCGCGCUAUGCGGCGCCAGUGGGGCAGGUAAGACGACUCUCUUGACACACUUGGGCCAAAUGAACUCAGUGGGGACGUUGGGAGGAGUGGUCGAAUUCGGAAAUCAGCCACUGGGCAAAACAUUUAGAAAGUCCUCUGGUGAGUCCAGUCCUGCGGAGGAAUGCCUGCAUGGAUUUGUACAGCAGACAGACUUUCACGAUAGCUCAGCAACCAUACGUGAAGCACUUGAGUUUUAUGCGCUCCUCAAACAGCCCUCAUUCUACUCUCGAGAGGAAAAACUGGCACACGUCAAUCACGUGCUUGAUGUUUUGGACCUGGUCCCUUUGCAACAUGCUAUGAUUGGUAAUGGUGACUCGGGGCUAGGUGUGGAAUUGAUGAAACGAGUAACAAUUGCCGUCGAGCUGGCCGCGCGACCCCGAAUCCUGUUCGCUGAUGAGCCCACUUCUGGGUUGGACUCUCAGGGUGCAGCUGCCAUUAUCAGUUACCUGAAACGGCUGGCAGGUCAGGGUCAAGCUAUUCUAGUAACGGUCCACCAGCCCUCGGCAUCACUCUUCGGUCUCUUUGACAAACUCCUGGCCUUAUCAUCUAACGGCGAACAGCUCUACUUUGGACCAGUUCAAUCGGUCAUUCCAUAUUUCGCCCGAUACGGAGCAGCACCGAAGCCCAACGCCAAUCCAGCCGAGUUCGUGCUCGAGACAGUCGGGGCAGGUAUCCAUGGUAGAUCGCAUGGAAGUCCAAAAGAAUGGACGCAGCGGUGGAAUGAGUCUUCUGAGGCGCGAGAGUUGCAGAAAACAAUUCAGCAGGUUCGGGCUGACGAUGCUCAGAAUGAGCGGAUGGAAGACGAACGAGCAUACAACGCCUCGUCCGUGCAGCAAACAGUCCUGCUGACUAGGCGAAUGCUAAAGAACCAGUGGCGUCAGCCUGCCUAUGUUUACAGUAAAAUAUGGGUGCAUACUGUUCAGGCAAUCCUGGUCGGAUUUACUUUUUAUCAGCUGGGAACGUCGCCUCAUGAUCUUCAAAGCCGGGCCUUUGGCGCAUUCGCAUUGAUCUUUCUCGUCAACACAAUCGUGAACCCUAUCCUUGCUCGGUUUUUUGGCAACAGAAGCCUGUGGCUAAAGCGGGAAGGCCCAGGGCAUGCUUACAGCUGGGUUGCUCUGUGCACGUCCAGCUUUUUGGCAGAGCUCCCCGCGAUUCUAUUCACGGGUGUUGUGUAUUUCCUUCUUUGGUAUUUCCUCUCGGGUCUUCCUCUCGGCCAGUCAGCAAUUUUCACCUUCGUGAUGAUCAUGACAUAUGAGGUAUUUGAGAUGUCCUUCGGUCUUCUGAUCACCGCUGCCAGUCCAGAUCUGAAAAUGGCUGGAAUCGCACUGGUCUUCCUGGUUACUACCAUGAACUGGUUCAAUGGUCUGGUUGUGCCUUACGAUGAGAUCCAAGUCUUUUGGAGAUAUUGGAUAUACUACCUCAACCCUCUGGCGUACCUUUUCGGAGGCACCGUCAUCGCCGCCGUCGAGAACCAAGUAGUCCACUGCUCUGAAUCGGAUUUGUUCACCUUUCCCCCGCCUGACAAUCAGAGCUGCAAUGACUACGCAGGCUCCUGGGCAUCAGAAGCCCAGAUGCAGCUGCUGAACCCCAUGUCGACUAGUUUGUGCGAGGUAUGUCAAUACACCACUGGUAAUCAAUACCUAGCCACCUUCAACCUGUAUGGGGGUCAGCUGGCGAACAACAUGUGGGCAUACUGGGCGGUGUUCUUGCUGUUUACCAUGUCGAACAUAGUGCUGUUUUAUUUCUUCACGUGGGCGAGGCUGGUGAAGAAGUGGAAACCAUUUUGUUUUUUCUAG